GGCCGUGCCCUGCCACCGCACCGGGGGCAGCUUUCCAAGCACCUGUCCGCUGGGUGCGAGGCAGGAUGACUACGUGCUCCACCGCUCCCUUCGGGGUGGUGCAGUGCAGCUGCUGGCUCGCAGGCCGACCAGGAACCGCUGGAAGAGGCACGGGAGACACGUCAAGGACUGACUUUCACUGGGGAGCUCCAAGUCUGCGGUUAUGGCAGUGCUGGGGAAGAAAGGAUGGAUGGGUAUCUUGAGCAUAAGUUUGCCUUGAAUGAGGUGAAAAUCCAUGGACUUUCAUUGCUGCAGACGAGAAGAGCUCUGAUGACACCACAUCAAGGAGCUGUGAACCUUGGUCGAUAUUAUCUCGAAAGAAGCCAUGUGAAAGCAAAUGCAGAUAGUGCUGCUGACUCAUAGGAGAUGGACAGGAAAAGACUACUUCCACUUCUGCUUAUCUCUGGCUUCCUUCAGCAUGCGGUUAGUGAGGACUUCGUGUGUGUCUCCGUAGUUCCUUAAUAUCCUUAUAAUCAGCCUGCUCAAUGUGUCUCCAUAAAAACAGCUGGGAGAUGUCAUUCAUAUAGCUGUGGAAGGCUUUAUCAGCUCUUGAGGAGACCUUCCCCUGCACACACACACUCAUACCACUCAAGGCUGGCACUGUAGCAGAGGAAGAUGGAGCUCGUAGAUCUCCUGGCAUUCUCCUCCACAGAAAUGAACAGUACAACGCUCACUCUGGCUUUGCUGGCGGUCUUCGUGGUUCUGCUGUACUGGUACUCCACCUCUGCCUUCUCCAAACUAAGCAAAGUAGGGAUCAGACAUCCUCCACCUCUUCCUUUCAUUGGAAACCUGCUCUUUUUCCGAGAGGGCUUUUGGGAAAACCAUACAAAACUCAUAAAGGAGUAUGGACCUGUUUGUGGAUACUACAUUGGUCGCCAAAUGUUUGUGGUGGUCUCCACACCAGAGAUGAUCAAGCAAAUCUUAGUGACAGACUUCAGUAACUUCACCAACAGAACUAAGCCGAACUUGAUUUCCAAGCCAAUGCUCGACAGCAUCCUUUGUCUUCGUGAUGACAGAUGGAAAUAUGUCCGGAGUGUGCUGACCCCAGCCUUCAGCGAGACCAAACUGAAAGAGAUGACACCGCUAAUAAACCAGGCCUGUGAUGUCCUGCUGAGUAACUUGAAAGUCUAUGCAGAUUCUGGCAAAGCUUUUGAUAUCCAGAGGUGUUACAACUGCUUUACCUUGGAUGUUGUCGGUAGCGUAGCUUUUGGAACGCAGGUGGACUCUCAGAAGAAUCCUGAUGACCCCUUUGUUAAGAAUUGCAGAACAUUCUUUGAAAUGUCUUUGUUUAAGCCUCUUCUUAUUCUAAUCCUUUCUUUCCCAUUCAUAAUGAUCCCACUGCUUCGAAUUCUGCCAAAUAAGAAACAAAAGGAACUGAAUGGAUUUUUUAUCCAAACUAUAAAAAAUGCAAUUGUCUUCAGAGACCAGCAAGAUGCAGCUGAGAGACGCAGAGAUUUUCUCCAGUGGAUGCUUGACUCCCGCAACUCGGCUGACGCCUUGGCAGCUGGCUGUUUUGAUGUGAUCAGUCCAGCCACCACUUCCAGCCAGAAUGAGGUGCCUCCUGCUGGCAAGACCCCAUCUGAAAAGGUUCAGAAGACAUUAACGGAGGAUGAGAUAGCAGGCCAAGCUUUUCUCUUCCUGAUCGCUGGGUACGAGACUACCACUAGCACCCUGUCCUUCGCCACGUACUUGCUAGCCACCCACCCAGAGUGCCAGGAGAAGGUGCUUCAGGAGAUAGACGAGUUCUCAGCAAAACAUAUGGUUCCUGAUUAUCAAAAUGUACAAGAGCUCCCUUAUCUGGACAUGGUGAUUGCAGAAACAUUGCGCAUGUAUCCACCUGCAUUCAGGUUCACUCGGGAAGCUGCUAAGGACUGUGUAGUGCUGGGACAGCAUAUUCCAGCCGGGGCUGUCAUUGAAACCGCAGUUGGACAUCUCCACCACAACCCCGAGUUCUGGCCAGAGCCAGAGAAGUUCAUUCCUGAGAGGUUUACAGAGGAGGCCAAGAAGGAACAACAUCCCUUUGCGUAUCUGCCCUUUGGGGCAGGACCCCGUGGCUGUAUUGGCAUGAAGAUGGGUUUACUGGAGACCAAAAUGACUCUGCUAAGGGUUUUGCAGAAGUUUCGAUUUAAGAUCUGCCCAGAGACUGAGAUUCCUUUGCAACUGAAAUCGAAAGCCACACUUGGACCAAAAAAUGGAGUCUACAUUACACUAGAAUCUCGCUAAAAGAAAAUGUACAUCCUGAAACCUCUUGGGAUAGAACCCCUUGUUUAGUGACUCACUGGGUAUAAUUAUUUUUCGAAACCCCAAUGACAAGUAGGAGCCUAAGUCCCACAGCAGGUGCUGUCUGACUGACCUCCUAUGGGAGAGCUUCGAAUCACUUUUUAAAACGAGGUCUGGGCUUCACAGUCACUUGGUGGUUUUCAAAUUGCUGUGAAUAGUGUAUGUAAAGAAGCAAGCCACUCUCACUAGCUUUUCUACAUUACACUUCCUUUCACUCAUCUGUAAGAGGCUUUCUCAAUGCUCAAAUUCAGUGAGCAGAGCAGGUGUUAAGUGUACACUAGAUUUACGAUAGGUUUUAAUUACCAUUCAUUAUCUGACACAUUCUGCUGAUGCACUUAUAAAUCCCUACUCCAGAAAAAGCCCAAGAGGCAUCACAGUUAUAGCAGAAGAGCUGAAAUUCAGUGCAUUGGAUUUUAUCCUGAACUGUGCUGAAAAUCAAAGCUGAGUCUCCUGCACACCUAACCUCUCCUUAUGUCUGUAAAGUGGAAAGAGCAGCACCUUCUUCAUGCUUUUGAAAUGUUUUGAUAUACACUUAAAUUAAAAAUUUGCACUUAGCACGUUUCAUCGACAUGACUGAAAAGGAGUGAAGAAUUCCCCUGUUUCCCAGUUAAGUUCCAGCAACAAAGACCAAAGAAAUGAGAUGGUAGCCAUUUCGCUGGUUACUGAACUGAUGUUGGAAAGGUGGAGGAAAAUAAGAUAUGAAUUUAAGGGAAGCGGGAGGACUGGGGAAGGUUUAAGGGUAAUCAGAAGAUGUUGGUAUAAUGUCUGCUUCACUGCUGUGAGGCCUUUCUUUUCCAAGCAUUGCGGCUGACACCAUUGACUAGCUCAUUGACUCAAGGAAAUUAACAGUGCUGCAAGCACUAAAGCCAAUGUCCAGGGAGUGGGAUCCAGGACGAUCAGUCUCAGCAGCUCUUUUGACUUAUGUGACUCUGGAGCAGGUCAUGUCCCAAGUGCCUCACUCCACUCAGGUGGGAUUACCAGUUGCUACAGCAACGGAUCAAUUCAAGCUGUAUGGCUGUGCACAUCAUUUUCACAGCCAGAGCUGCAGUAUGCUUCCUGUCUUCACAUUCCCCCCAUGCUCUUUCCUGCUCCCCUACAAACCUAUUCAAUCACCACACAACUCGUAGGGCACCAUACAGCAGUGACUGAUAGACUUGAAAACUUCAAGGGGCUGUACAGCAAGAAAACAAAACCAUUAUAGGAGAUGAUCUCAAUUUGAGGGUCUUUUUUUUUUUUUAGGCAUUGGUUUGUUUUUAAUUUUUAUAAACAAACAAAAAAAACCAUCUUCUGGAAUUGUAAGGAUAAGGAAGCACCUUUCAGUUCCUUACAAGUGUUGACUUUCUGCCUGUUGAUAUACUCUGCUAGAGGUUUCCUUAAGUACAGCAUGUCUCUUGGUGGGAUGCACAGAGAAGUGCCACGGCAGCAGUGGGAAGAGACUGACUGCUCAGCUUCUCUGCAAGGAUUGCUGGAAGGAGCCAUCUGUUCGCUGAUCCCUAGCUGUAGUUUCUCUCCAACAAGCACCUUUUGCUGCCUUCUUCCCACAUGCUGCCUUAACGCUGAUCAAAUUACUGUAUCUUGCUCUUGGAAGGCGUUGUCUUUUUCUUUCAUGGGAUUUCUUUUUUUUUUUUUCGUCAGAACUGUAGAGGUAGCAGUGAAGUACUAACAUGGCAUUCAUGGAUUUGUUCCUAUUUCCAAGUAGCAUCCCUGUCAUGCUAAACAGAAGUGCCCAAUUACAGACAGUGAUUAUAUGGAUUAGUGAUGGAGUGACUGCUAGUUGUAAAGCAACAGGGUGUAUAUAUUCUAAUUUCUACAUGUUAUUCAUCACUUUUUCCUCUUGAAAAUGGUGUGCUGACAGAUGAUUUUCUGGCCACCUUAUAUAUACAAAUGGCAAAAAGUUGGAUGAUCCGUGCCUAAAAACUUCCUACCUACCUGACUGAGCAGAAAGCUCAUGCCAAAGUCUAAAUAACUCAGCCAUUAAAGGCUUGUUCAUCUCCUCAUUUUUUUAAUUUUUUUUUUUUACUGUCUUUCUUCCGUAUGUAAUCAGGUCCUUGUGUGCUUCAUUUUGGAAUGAUUAUUGCAACCUAAAUGAAACUGGUGUGUGCUUUUUUAUGGGCUUUUCUUAUCUCAACAGCAGUUAUCUUGCCUUCUCAUCUGAACCUUGUUUGUACUCUCAGUAUUUAUCUGAGACAGUGCCACUCGUGUAGAGUAGCCGAACAACUCAUGUUUCUGGGGCUGAACAGAAUGCUAUCAUCUUGAAUGCCAUGCUGACUCUGCUGGGAAAAAAAAAAAAAAAUUGCACUGAGAGUCUUUCCCAGCUACUUCUAAGCUGAACUCAGACAGUACUCAUGCAAAUAAACUCACUUGAGUGUGAGCUAAAGUCAUUGUUUUCCAGCUCCCCUGCAAAAGUUUUGGUUACCUUCUCAAAAAGGGAACAAGACCAAACUGUAGAGGCUAGGCUGUAAAGGAAGUAGUGUCUGUUUUCACCCGUCAAUCUGUAGUGGUAUAGAACAGAGGAAAUACUUUUUUGCAUCUGUAAGUCAAGGCAGAUUUCUGAAAGUACGUCAUCCCUUGUUCUACACGCAGGCCUAGCGAGACAGCUAGAGAAGACAGAGAACAGGAUGCCAGCUUUCCAGUAAUACAGCAAGAGCCCCAAACCAUUUCUUCCUCUUAAACAACAGCUGCUGAUACAGCCACCAGACACUGCACAGUCUUCCGUUUUACUGGGAGACUUAAUGAUGCUGGGCCUCUCCCAGGCUGUGUGGGCUCAGCAACAUGCCUAAGGAAAGAGUUGUGUCGCGGGAACAGCCCUGCUCUGGUCCCCUGGAAGCAUUGGCAAAAAGCGAAACAGGAGACUGACAGCAGUGCUCCAAAAAGGAACUGGUAACAGAGUAGUAAUCACAGGGUGUUUGCGACCCUAUAUACCAUGGUCCCAAAGUGAUCCUGAGCAGAUUUGGCUCUAGAAGUCAAUAAUAACAAUAAUACAUAUAUACAUAUAUAUAUGGUACAUUUAUGGUUGCAACAUCAAAACAUAACCUUGUAUCCUAAAGUUAGGGCGAGUUAACAUUUCUGGUACAAAAACACUUCUUUCUAAGAACAGCAGUUCAUUCUGGGGAGGAAUAAGGAAAGUGGUUUAAAAUAAUUUCUCGCCUCAGAAACAGUAAGUGUGUUGUCUUGCAUUGCUGAGCUGUGGGCAUGUUUAAAAUUGGGCAUGUCUGUUUUACAAAUGGGUCCUAGUCAGUCUCUGACAUGAUAUGAAGCAAAGGCUGCUUGGUAAUGGAAAGCUUCUAUUAAAAACAUCUUCUGGGACUUUGCAAUCAUUACUGAAAUCUGUUGGUAUAAAAUAGUAUUUUUAAUGAGACUGCUGAGAUGAUAGAAAACCUUUAGUUUUGUACUUCAGUAUCCUUGGAAAAACAGAGUCAGGUAUUACAAAUUAUUAUGCUGGAUUGAUUGCAAAUGUGAGUGCUCUAUUCUAACUUGGCAUAAAACCACUGCAUUUCCUCUGUAUGUGACACUUUCUUAAAUGGCCAACUUCUCAUUUCCUUUUGUUAAAUGAUGUUUCCAUCUUAGACACAGCUUCACCUACUAUCAGAGCCUUCUGUGCAAUUACAAUAGUAAAUAUGCCAAAAGAA